CCAGGUCCCACGCCCGCUCUUCUGAGACCUCACGCGAUCCAGCCUGGGAGCUGCCCGGCUAUAUAAGUCCCGGCAGAACACCGGGGCGCAGAGGGUCCUGCUGGCGCGAGGGUGGCGGGGAGGAGGACGCGGGGACUCGGCCCCCACCGCCGCGCACACUCCACCUGCAGCCGCUGCCACUGCACCGCCGCUGCCCCGUGGCGGGUUCAAAAAACAGCAAGCGGGUUUGCUGCCCGGCGGGCGGGCGUGAAGAGCAAGGGAGAGAAACCCUCCACCUUCGGGCCUGGAUCCCUUUUCCUCUGCACCCCCAGUCUCUGAGUGAAGAUGGGGGGCCUGACAGCCUCGGACGUGCACCCGACCCUGGGGGUCCAGCUCUUCUCCGCUGGAGUGGCAGCGUGCUUGGCGGACGUGAUCACCUUCCCGCUGGACACGGCCAAAGUCCGGCUCCAGGUCCAAGGCGAAUGCCCGACGUCCAGUGGUAUUAGGUAUAAAGGUGUCCUGGGAACAAUCACCACUCUGGUAAAAACAGAAGGGCGCGUGAAACUCUACAGCGGGCUGCCUGCCGGCCUUCAGAGACAAAUCGGCUCCACCUCUCUCAGGAUUGGCCUUUAUGACACGGUCCAGGAGUACCUCACCUCAGGAAAAGAAACAACACCUAGUUUAGGAAGCAAGAUCUUAGCUGGUCUAGCGACUGGAGGAGUGGCAGUAUUCAUCGGGCAACCCACAGAGGUCGCUAAAGUCAGACUUCAAGCACAGAGCCAUCUCCACGGUAUCAAACCUCGCUACACCGGGACUUACAACGCCUACAGAAUAAUAGCAACAACCGAAGGCGUGACGGGUCUUUGGAAAGGGACUAUUCCUAAUCUGACAAGAAGCGUCAUCAUCAAUUGUACAGAGCUAGUAACGUAUGAUCUAAUGAAGGAGGCCUUUGUGAAAAAUGACAUAUUAGCAGAUGACGUCCCCUGCCACUUGGUGUCAGCUCUGAUAGCUGGAUUUUGUGCAACAGCUAUGUCCUCCCCAGUGGAUGUGGUCAAAACCAGAUUUAUUAAUUCUCCACCAGGGCAGUACAAAAGUGUGCCCAACUGCGCAAUGAAAAUGUUCACUAAGGAGGGACCAACGGCUUUUUUCAAGGGGUUGAUACCUUCCUUCUUGCGACUCGGAUCCUGGAACGUCAUUAUGUUUGUGUGCUUUGAAAAACUGAAGCGAGAAUUGUCCAAGUCAAGGCAGACUGUGGACUGUACCACAUAAUCAGCUUCAAGAAAAUGUUGCAACAUACCAGUGGGAAUCUUGCCGUCUGAAUCAUUAAAACAAAACUUAUUCAUUUAUUUUAGCCUAAAAAGAUAAAGGAAUUUUGGUGCAGAGUUUUGAACUUUUUUCUAUAAAAAAGGAAACUAAUGCCUAUUUCAUAUUACUUUUAUUCUCAAUGUCUUAAGAAAGGGAAAGUAAAACAUUCAGCGUAUACCCUGGCAAAUGUAAUGCAGAUAAGCUAUUGCAUUUGACCAUUUUUGAAGUGCAAUUGUGUGACUGAAUGUGAAAAACUUUAACACGUUUUAAUUACAAUUCCAACUGGUGUAAAAGAAACUGAGUGAAAUGCAGUUUAUAUUUAUAAAUACUUAAAAAUGAAGUUAUUAAAAAGAUUAGUUUUUUAUUAACCACAGUUGUCAGUGAACAUUUCAAUAAAAUAUUGCUAAUACCUUUUAAAGUCUGUCUUUUGAAAUCUAC